AUGGAGGUGGAGGAGAGGGGAGGGAAGACGCUCUCCACACAAUCGUGGGGAAGCGUGUGUUCCGAGAGCUUUGAUCGCGUAACGCAAGGGUUACGCGGCGAUCUCGAACAUGAGCGGGACAGGCGUCUCCAAAUGGCGGACACUGUCUUGAAGCAUCGAGCUGAGUUUGCCUUUGCUCAGCUUGAGAACGAGAGAGCUUUGACGAUCUCUGCGUGA